AUGUUGGGUCAACCAAUCGAGUACAAAAGUGGCUAUCAUCGAGUGAGUGGCUAUUUUGAUGAAUUGGUUUUGGAAUCGAAAUCAAAUAAGGACAUUAAAUGUAUCUGGAUCGGAAGUUUCUUUAAGUAUUCCCCCAAUCAAAUAUUUUUCACAUGGAAAUUCGAUUGGGAUGAACUCAAAAGUGAAGGAGUCUAUGAGAUCACUGGACACAUUACUGUCCAUUCAAGAAACAAUUGGUUCCGUGCAACAAAAAUUGAUGUGAAACUCACUGAAAAUAACCAAGAAAUCACAAAAGAAUUAAGAUGCAGUAAGAGUAUCAGUUCUGUCUACUAUCAAUAUUCCCUCAUUCCUCAUUAUGCUCCGGUUCCUGUGAAACCGUCAUACGACGAGAUGUUUGCGCCAUCCGAUCAAAAUGACACAAUUCUGGUUGUCGAAGGAAAAAUGCUUCAUGUAAACAAAACAUUUCUCUCCUACCACUCCGAAUAUUUCCGCGCACUCUUUUCAUCGAAUUUCAAAGAAGGACAAAUGGAUGAAAUUCCGAUCGGAGACGUCUCUUACGAAGAUUUCGCUCUUCUUCUCAGCAUUUUCUAUCCGAAUCCAUCGUACCCUAAUGAUGAAACCGUCGAAAAACUACUAGAAAUGGGCCGUCGUUUUCUGGUUUCUUCUGCCUUGAGUAGCGCCGAGCAUCAUCUACUCAACAUGUCCAAGAUCAACGAUGAGAAGAUGUUGUAUUUGGCUGAUGAAUAUGGAAUGCCGACAGUUUUGGAGAAGUGUAUUCGUAAAAUAAAUACAUUAGAAAAGGCGAGGGAAUUGAAGCGAUCUGAGAAAUAUGACCGAUUAUCGGACAAGACCAAGUUGAAAGUUUACGAGUGUAUCGUGGAUUCUAAUUCAUUUUAA